AUGAAUGGAAAGCAGGACAGCACUGCCCCUGUUCUGUUCUCUAUGAAAGGUAAGCAGUACAGCACUGCCCCUGUUCUGUUCUCUAUGAAUGGAAAGCAGGACAGCACUGCCCCUGUUCUGUUCUCUAUGAGAGGAAAGCAGUACAACACUGUCCCUGUUCUGUUCUAUAUGAGAGCAAAGCAGUACAACACUGACCCUGUUCUAUUCUAUAUGAGAGGAAAGCAGCACAACACUGUCCCUGUUCUAUUCUUUAUGAGAGGAAAGCAGUACAACACUGACCCUGUUCUGUUCUAUAUGAGAGGAAAGCAGUACAACACUGUCCCUGUUCUGUUCUAUAUGAGAGGAAAGCAGUACAACACUGACCCUGUUCUAUUCUAUAUGAGAGGAAAGCAGUACAACACUGUCCCUGUUCUGUUCUAUAUGAGAGCAAAGCAGUACAACACUGACCCUGUUCUAUUCUAUAUGAGAGGAAAGCAGCACAACACUGUCCCUGUUCUAUUCUUUAUGAGAGGAAAGCAGUACAACACUGACCCUGUUCUGUUCUAUAUGAGAGGAAAGCAGUACAACACUGUCCCUGUUCUGUUCUAUAUGAGAGGAAAGCAGUACAACACUGACCCUGUUCUAUUCUAUAUGAGAGGAAAGCAGUACAACACUGCCCCUGUUCUAUUCUAUAUGAGAGGAAAGCAGUACAACACUGACCCUGUUCUGUUCUAUAUGAGAGGAAAGCAGUACAACACUGUCCCUGUUCUCUAUGAGAGUAAAACAGAACAGCACUGA